CUUUGUUUUUCAGCUCUGGAUGGGAACUCAUCCAAAUGGUCCUUCUCAAGUACUUGACUCUCAUUCCUCAGAAGCACAAAGCCUUUUGGAGUGGAUCAAUAGCCAUGAUGGAUGCCUGGGAAGUAAAGUAUCUGAAAUAUUUGGAGGCAAACUGCCUUUUUUAUUCAAGGUGCUGUCUGUCAAUAAAGCAUUAUCUAUCCAAGCUCAUCCAAAUAAAGAACAUGCUGAGAAGCUUCAUGCUUCAAGACCUGAUGUUUAUAAGGACCCUAACCACAAACCAGAAAUGGCUAUAGCUAUUACAGAAUAUGAAGGUCUCUGUGGUUUUAGACCAACAUCUGAAGUAAAAGAAUAUCUUGAAAAUGUUGCUGAGUUUGCUGCUAUUAUAGGGGAUGCUGCGACAUCACUUAUUCAAAGUUCUGAUGAUGCACAAGCCAAGGUUGGCCUAAAGAAGUGUUUUACUGCUCUCAUGACAACCCCAUCAGAUUCUGUUAAGAAACAUCUAGACAGUCUAGUGUCCAAAAUAAAGGCUAUGAAAGAGAAAGGGCAAGAUUCAUCCCUAUAUCUUGGGGACCUUAUCACGAGGCUUAACAGCCAGUUCCCAGGAGACGUAGGCUGUUUCUGUGCAUAUUUCUUAAACCAUGUUGUUCUACAACCAGGAGAGGCUAUGUUUCUUGGUCCAAAUUUACCACAUGCUUACCUCUCAGGGGAUUGCAUGGAAUGUAUGGCAUGUAGUGACAACGUUGUCAGAGCUGGCUUGACACCAAAGUACAAAGAUGUUGAAACUCUAUGUGAAAUGUUAGAAUACAAACCUAGUACGGCCAGUGAUAACAUCUUCCAGCCUCAUAAAGAUCCUAGUGAUCCAUGUAUAACAGUUUAUGAUCCUCCAGUCAAAGACUUCUCAGUAAUGAAAAUACAGGUACCAUUUAGCAAUACUGUGUCUACCUACAAAAUGAAACCAUUGAAUGGUCCAAGCAUUCUGAUUGUCAUAUCUGGAUCAGCCACCUUGAAAUCCUCAGGGGAUGCCAUGGGACUUGGGCGGGGCAAUGUUAUAUUCAUCCCAGCUAGUUCACAAGUGUCACUAGAAUUUGAAAAAGAGGAGUUAGUUAUGUUUCAAGCAUACUGUGACCCACAGUAAUUGGAUAAAAAACGUUUUAGAACAAUUAAAUGAGUUUGUUGAUAAUGAUUUUUGUACAUGUAUAGAAAGAAGUAUGGAAGUUUGGGGGAAGAUGGCAAAAAUGAUAUGAUACGGUAUGCAAUAUUCUAAGGUAUUUUUAAUGGUAUGGUAUGGGUGUGCCAACAAAUUUGUAUCAUUACAUAAUAAGGAAUAAAAAAUGAUAGGCAAAUAGAUGUA